AACACCCUUUGUUGCUGUCAUUUGUCAAACGUCACAACAGAACGCAAAGAAGAAAAAGUCGUGGUGCUGUAUUUUCCAAGCGUGAGUGUUUUAAGGAAAAUACAGCUUUUCAUCAAUAGAUUUUGGUUUUGGAAAAAUACAGCUUCAUUCCAUUGCCAUUGACGUGAACAUAUUUGUUUUUACACAGAUUAAGUGUUUAUAAAAGCUUUCAAAAUGGCUAUGUCCAAAACGACCAACACAUACAAUCGACAGAACUGGGAAGAUUCGGAAUUUCCAAUACUUUGCCAAACAUGCCUUGGGGACAAUCCGUAUGUUCGUAUGAUUAAAGAACGCUACGGCAAAGAAUGCAAGAUCUGCACACGUCCAUUCACCAUCUUUCGUUGGUGUCCCGGAGCCAGGAUGCGUUUCAAAAAGACAGAAAUUUGCCAGACGUGUAGCAAGCUGAAGAACGUUUGUCAAACAUGUCUGUUAGACCUGGAGUACGGCUUACCAACACAAGUGCGAGACGCUGCACUCAAGAUACAGGAUAAAAUUCCAGAGAGUGACGUAAACAAAGAAUUCUACAUCCAAAACAUUGAAUCGCAACUGAAGGCGGGUGGCGAUAAUACGGUUGCCGCAGGAACAGUUGGCAAAUCGCUAGCCGCAAGUGAUAUGCUGGCCAAACUAGCUCGUACCGCACCCUACUACAAGCGCAAUCUACCUCAUAUUUGCUCGUUCUGGGUGAAGGGUGAAUGUAAACGAGGCGAAGAGUGUCCCUACCGACAUGACAAACCCGUUGAACCGGAUGAUCCAUUAUCGGAGCAAAACAUUCGUGACCGGUACUAUGGCCGAAAUGAUCCGGUUGCGGACAAGCUGAUGAAACGCGCUGCUUCGAUACCAACUCUUGACCCACCGGAAGACAAAACGAUCACUACACUGUAUGUAGGCAAUCUGGGCGAGCACAUCACUGAGGUCGACAUACGGGAUAAUUUCUACCAUUACGGUGAAAUACGCUCGGUGUCACUAGUUCCCAGGCAGCAGUGCGCAUUCGUCCAGUACACCAAACGUGCUGCAGCUGAAUUGGCUGCCGAGAAAACAUUUAACAAGCUUGUUCUUGGAGGAAAGAAGCUUACCAUCAAGUGGGCCCACUCGCAAGCAAAAUCGACCGCAUACGCACAGAACUCCGCUCCUCGUGGUGGCGGGGGUAGCAGUCGAAUCUUCGAUCCCGUACCCGGUCUCCCAGGACAGCUUCCCAUGCCACCCAAUCCUACCGACUACUUUAACUUGCAAGCAUCGGAAAUGGCAGUUUUGCCACCAGGAAUGAAGAUACACCAGUUGCCACCCGGGCUGAUUCCGGGGGCGCCAAGUUAUGCUUCAAUGUAUCAGCAGCAGCAAGCUGGCGGUCCUUCAGGUAUUCCACCACCGGCAGCUGGUCCAAGCACCAGCAGUGUUGGUAACAGCGGCGGUUCUGGACAUGGUAUGGUUCCGCCAGCAAUGCAACAACAGCAACUACAUUAUCCGAGUCAGGAUCCAGCUCGGUUAGGAGCUUUGAAAAAAUAACUUAUAUCACUUUAACAUGGUGAUAAUGUCUAGAGU